UACGCGGUUGAGGGGUGAUUAUGACGGUGGCUUAGGAGCAUUCUCUUGGCUGUCCUUCGUGGGCAGAGGGGAGCUCUGCCCUAGAGCUGGGUCCCGCCUUCACGCUGAGGAGGCCUCAUUCCUGAGAUCCGGCCUCACCUGAUAGGCCCAGAGUUGUAAGAAAUUGGAUGUGGAAGUUCUUCCCAUGAUUGGCUUGCUGUAACACGUCUAUAGUUUCCUGAUUGGAUUUCAUAUCCUAUAAUUAUGGACUUGUUUAUGUGACCUUCCAAGCCCUUCACAAAUCAACUGGCCAGUCUUCUCAUUUUCCUGAAGAUUAAUUAGUUACACUGGAUAUGCUGCUGUACAUUAUUUUGGGAUUGCUCGUACAUUUUGUGUUCUUCGCCUCCAUCUUUGACAUUUAUUUUACAUCUCCUUUGGUUCAUGGAAUGACCCCUCAGUUUACGCCAUUGCCUCCCCCAGCAAAAAGAUUAGUGCUGUUUGUUGCUGAUGGCCUGCGAGCAGAUAAACUUUAUGAAUUAGAUGAAAAUGGAAAUCCUAGGGCACCAUUUAUUAGGAACAUCAUAAUGAAUGAGGGCAGCUGGGGGAUAUCGCAUACGCGUGUGCCAACUGAGUCUCGGCCAGGCCACGUAGCCCUGAUAGCAGGGUUUUAUGAAGAUGUCAGUGCAGUUGCCAAAGGAUGGAAGGAAAAUCCUGUAGAAUUUGAUUCUCUUAUUAAUGAAACCAAGUACACAUGGAGCUGGGGAAGCGCAGAUAUCUUGGCUAUGUUUGCCAAAGGUGCUAGUGGAAACCAUGUUUAUACAUAUAGUUAUGAUGCUGAAAGUGAGGAUUUUGGUGCCCAGGAUGUAGCAAAACUGGACACUUGGGUUUUUGAUAAUAUGAAGGAAUUCUUUCAUGCUGCCAGAAACAACCAAUCUUUGUUUUCUAAACUAAAUGAAGAAAAAAUAGUUUUUUUCUUACAUUUAUUAGGAAUAGAUACAAAUGGACAUGCUCACCGACCAUCAUCGAGGGAAUAUAUGGACAACAUUAAAAUAGUUGAUGAAGGAGUGAAAGAAAUUACAUCCAUGCUUAAGGAUUUUUAUGGAAAUGAUGGGAAAACAGCCUUUAUCUUUACCUCUGACCAUGGAAUGACAGACUGGGGUUUCCAUGGGGCUGGUCAUCCUUCAGAGACUUGUACUCCUUUUGUGACUUGGGGAGCUGGAAUCAAGUAUCCCCAAAAAGUGUCAGCUCAGAAAUUUGAUGAUACAUAUUUGGAAGAAUGGAAAUUGGAAAACUGGAAGAGGCAAGAUGUCAAUCAGGCUGACAUUGCACCAUUAAUGGCUUGUCUCAUUGGAGUUCCCUUUCCUCUUAAUUCAGUGGGAAUCCUUCCUGUGGAUAUAUUAAACAGCACUGAUCUCUUCAAGGCAGAGAGCAUGUUUACCAAUGCAGUACAGAUUCUUGAACAGUUUAAGGUGAAAAUGACUCAGAAAAAAGAAGCCACUUUACCAUUUUUAUUUACACCAUUUAAGUUGCUUUCUGAUUCUAAACAGAUGAACAUUUUAAGAAAAGCAAGGUCUUAUAUAAAACAGAAAAAGUAUGAUGAAGCAGUCUCCCUUUGCAAGGAGCUGAUUAAUCUUUCAUUGAAAGGAUUGUCCUAUUAUCACACUUACGACAGAUUCUUCUUGGCCUUCAACGUUGUUCUCGGUUUUGUGGGAUGGAUAUCUUACGCUUCUUUGUUGAUCAUCAAGUCUCACUGCAACCUUACCAGAAGUGUUGGUAAAGAAGUCAAGAAACCAAGCCAUCUCCUGCCAUGUUGUUUUGUAGCUAUUGGCAUUUUAGUAGCACUUUUCCUGCUGGUUCAAGCCUGUCCCUGGACUUACUACGUAUACUGCUUGUUGCCACUGCCCAUAUGGUGUGCGUUUCUAAGAGAAUUUCCAGUUCUUCAAGGCUUUGUCACAUUACUGUUGACCUUCCCUCCAAGUCGUUUUGUUGGAUACCUGUUACUCUUUAUCCUGGGAGUUGAAGUAUUGGUUCUCAGUUUUUUCUACCGCUAUAUGCUUACAGCUGGACUCAUCGUGUUUGCAGGGUGGCCAUUUAUCACCCCACUGUGGACUCGAGCAAAGAGCACCUCACUGAGUUGGAUUUUCUUCUGUUUGGUCCUGGCAGUGUUUCCACUGAUGCCUGUUGUAGGACGAAAGCCAGAUAUCUUUCUAGUAAUGGGUGCAGGCUUGCUGGUUCUUCUACUUUCCCUGUUUGUUGUAACAUCUGUCAUAAAAAGAAAAGAUAGUUUUGUAAAUGAAGAGCUGGUGUUACACCUAUUACAGAUGGUGAGCAUGGUGCUUUCCAUGUGCGUUGUGUAUGGCACCCAUAAGAGUCUCCUCAAGAAACAAGGACUGCCUCUGCUUAAUCAGAUUGCUAGCUGGAUGAUAUUAGCCUCUUCCUUCGUCAUGCCUCUGCUGAGUCCUCUGAUUCUCUUUGAUCGAUUGUUCAGCAUUCUUCUUUCCUCGAUGUCAACCUACCUACUUCUAAGCACAGGGUAUGAAGCUCUGUUUCCAUUAGUAUUGUCAUGUUUGAUGUUUGUCUGGAUACACAUGGAACAAGAAACCCUGCAGCAAUCUGGUAUUUCCUGUAAACAGAAGGUCUCCAGUAUCCAGUUUGCUUAUAAUACCGAUAUAACCCAGCUUCGAGACCUCUAUCUGGAUGACCUCCGUAGGGCCUUUUUCCUUGUUUUCUUCUUAGUGACAGCCUUUUUUGGAACUGGGAAUAUAGCUUCUGUUAACAGCUUUGACCUCGCCUCUGUCUAUUGCUUUCUGACUGUGUUUAGUCCUUACAUGAUGGGAGCUCUGAUGAUGUGGAAGAUUUUAAUCCCCUUUGUUCUUGUGAUGUGUGCUUUUGAAGCUGUUCAGUUAACUACUCAGUUAUCAUCAAAAAGUCUUUUUCUCAUGGUUGUCAUCACAUCAGACAUUAUGGCUUUGCAUUUUUUCUUCUUGGUCAAAGAUUAUGGCAGCUGGCUUGAUAUUGGAACAAGCAUCAGCCACUUUGUGAUCGUCAUCUCCAUGACCAUCUUUCUGGUGUUUCUCAAUGGCCUGGCACAGCUGCUCACGACAAAGAAACUCAGACUCUGUGGCAGACCCAAAAGCCACCUCAUAUGAUGUUGACAAAGCCACCAUUCAGCAUCCAGAUCCUGUUUCUCAUUCCCCUUUUAAACUAAAAUCUUACCAGGGAUUCACUAAGAAGAUGGAUAUUGAUGUAUAACAUAUUCUGCUCACAUAAAGGAAAGUAUGGGGAAUUCUGAAUUUACAGGUUAUCUGGAAUAAAGGAGCUUCCACUUUC